AUGCCUGAAAGACAAAUAAUCUAAAUUGAGUUAAUAAUACUGAAUUUAUUUGAGAUAAUCACUGUACAUGUAGAAAAUAAUUAAAUUGAGAUAUUUUAUCUUAACCAAGAAGAAUUACUAUCUAUUUAUUACUAUCAAAUAAUUGGGUAUUAAUUAGUAACUCCAGUGCAUUACGUUAUUGAAGAAAAGUACUUAGCAAUAGUUAGUGUAAAAGAUAAUCUCACAUUUAUCCAUAUUUUUUCUACAAAUUAUAAUUCUACUUUAAAAUUAUUAGACAUUAUAUAGAUAAGCAGAUUAAUAUUCUUUAUUUCUGAUUAUAAUUUGUAUUAUUAUGAUAGCACUCAAUAGUUAAUGAUUUAUGAUUUGAAAUAUUUUUAAAUUAAAUUGAAUCCUUUAAGAAUUAUACCAGAUCAUUCAUAAUAUUCUGUUAAUAUUAGUUUAAUUUCAAGCUCUCAAAAAAUAAAAAAUCUUACAAAAAAAUUUACUCUAAAAUUAACAAUUAAAUAAUUUUGUUAUCAAAUUCUUUUAAGAACUUCAAAAAUUACAUUGAAUUCAAAAAAUUUAUAAUAUAGAUUAUUAAACCUCAAUAAAUACUUUUAUGGACCAAUUCAUAAUCUAACAAUAGAUGAUUCAUCAACAUUCACUAUACUUGGUCCAUAUAUUAUAAAUGGAAUAAUUAUGGAAUGUAACAAAACUUCAAUGAAUAAAUGUAUCUACUAAACAUAAAUAUCAUUAAAUUCAAUUUUUCUCAAUCUAUAUUUUUUUAAAAAAGAAGAAAAUUUUUAUUUGCUUAAUUCAAAUAAGCAAGAUAAUACAUCAAUAGUUUUGUAACUUGAAACUGAAUUAUUAACCUUUGAUAUUGAUGGGAAUUUUAUAGUUGUAAAAGUUUAUUAAUUUGAUUUCAAAAACCAGAAGAAAUUAAUUUAAAGAAUCAGUAAACAAUUUUAAUACUAGGGUGUAAAUAAUUUUGAGUAAACAUGGAGUUAUACUGGUAAAUUAGUGAAAUUUCUUGGUUAUAACUUUUAUAUUUCUCAAACAGAUAUUUAUUUAUUAGAAUCAGUAUAUUAAAACAUUAUUUAUGUCUAAGGUUCCUAAAAACUUUAUUUAGAAAUUUUAUGGAGUAAUAAAUGGAUUAGUAAUGAAAUUGAAAUUAAUAUAUAUUCUAUUGAAGAUGGAUAAUUAAACCUAAACUAGGUUUUAUUGAUGAAAAAAAGUAUCAUAAUUGAAGAGCUGCAUAGGAAUGAAUUUUUAAGUGAUUUUUCGAUUACAAAUUUUUAAAUAUUAUCAAGCAGUUUAGAUGAUAACAUUCUAUAAAUAGAAGUAUUGCAAAACAAUCACUAGUUUUCUUUAAUCAGCUUAUUGAUUUUUGAGUUAAAUAAAUCUAUAUAAUAGUACAUAAUUAAAUAUGUGCUUCGAAACCCUCUAAAUGAUGAAAUAAAAAGCAUUGAAUGUUAUAAAAACUUAAUAAUUUUGAAAUCUUACCAAAAAAACUACUUAUUUGAUUUACGGGAAAAAUAAAUCUAUUAUGAUUACUUUAGCUCAUUUAUCUUGUCUUCGAAACUAAAUGAUUAAUUCGAUAAUCUAUCUCAUUAGAUUUUUAAUCAAAAAAUUAAACAAAUAACAACUAUAGAAGAUCAUAAUGAUUUAAUUUUUGUUACAGAAGAUAAUGAAUAUUAUUAUGGAAGUAUAGGUUACAUAAUAUUAGGGAAUUCUGAUAAAGAAGUAUAAUUCAAAUUGAGAGCAACAAAUGAUAUAUCAUCUUAAACUCUUUUAGUAACAUUAUAAGCUGACAAGUUUUUAGAGUAAAUAUUAGGUGUAUUGGGAAUUAUGAUAAUAAUAAUUGUGUUUUUAUACUUUUGGAGAAGGAACAGAUUGAAAAUUCAAAAUUAAGAAAAAUACGGUAAUAAAAUAAAUAAUAUAUAUAUUUGA